CAGAGCAGGCCCAUGCUCCGGCGGUGGCUUUCGAGUAUCCAUUGCCAGCGCCGUUCUUGCUACUUCAUAUGCUGACUCUGUGCCAACGGACGGCUGUCGCUCGACCAGAGCUUCUGCACACAAAGAAGGUCUCCCAUGUGCACGAGCGACAGCUGAUUGAAGACAAAGCCGUCCUGGUCAAGAAACUGCAGGAGGUCGAUCAACAGCUCACUGUCGAGAAGGAGAGGGUAGACUCUGUGGAGAAGAAAAUCGAGGAGAAACUCACCCGCCGCCAAGAGUCUCUCGUGGCGGAACUACAAACCCAUAUCGCAAAGCAGGAAGAGAAUCUGCGGAUAUACAAGACCCGGGCAGAACAAGCCGAGCAGACGAUGCGCAAGAAAACAGAGGCGCUGAAGAACCGACUUGAAGCAAUCACAGCCGACUAUUCAUCACUGAAGCGACGGCGGAAUCACGAGAUCGAGGGAUUCACAAACGAUAUUCUGGCUCUGCGGAAGCAACUCAAGACUCUCGAGAAGCACAUCCUCAAGUACGGCCCGCUGGAAGACAAGGAGUUGCUGCUACUCAACAUCGCCCGAGAGACAGGAAGCAGAGCUGCGAAAAUGUCGACCGACCUGAGCAAUCUCAAGGCCAAGGUCUAUGCUACCGAGAAACAGGUCCAGAGCCUGGCUCUAUAGCCCAUAAUAGACGAUUGCGUCCUCUGCUGCCACUGACAAUGCUGUGAGCGUGGGUGGGCGGGCUAGUGGGUCUCGUUUGUCGACAUGACCCAGA